GCCGAGGUGCCGGCCGGCAGCCGGGACGCGUCCAGGGAGUCGGUCCUCACGAUGGCCAGCUGCAUCAGCGACCGGGAAGCCAUGCGGUGCCUGCAAGCCCGGGCAAUGAGGUACCGCGAGCAGCUGAUCGGCGACCAGCGCGCCAGCGUGGCGCGGUCCCUUGAGUCGUCGGCCAAUGACAAGGAGUCCAUGAUGAAGGUGGUCGAGGAGGUGUUCAACACCAUCGUCCCGGACAGCAAGGAAGACAAGGACAUCUCAAACAGCCGAGGACACAAGCUGAAGAAGAAGAUCCACAAGCUGAUCAAGCUGAUCAAGCUGAUCGUGCUGAUAGUCGUGGUGAAGCUCAAGAUGGUGUUCCUCAUGUUCAUGCUGCAGACGCUCUUCCAGGCCAAGCUCGUGGCCAUCACCUUCAUGAUCCUGCUCAUCAAGAAGUACUACCUGUGGGUCGAGUGGAAGCACAAGAAGGAGGAGAAGAAGGCCGUGGUGUACUACGAGCACGCCCAGCACCAGCACCACUACGACGAGACGGACCACUACCACGACGGCCUAGGCGGCCUGCUCGGCCACGGCGACCACCACGGCUACCACAAGGGCGUGGAGCCCACGGCGGAGUCCUCGCACGGCGGCUGGGGCGGCUGGUGGGGCAAGCGCAGUGCCGACGCCAGCCCCACGGCGGCCAACCCCGUCCUGGCCAACCCCGGCCUCGGCAACCCCGCCCUGGCGGCGCAGCAGAUGGCGUACAACGCGCACCUGCCGGGCCUCAGCGGCUGA